AUGAUUAUUACCAAUUGAAAUCUCGAUCGAUAAAUAUCAGUCGAUAAAGAACUAUAGUUCGUAAUAUAAUAAUAACAACAAUAAUAACAAUGUGCAGCCAUUUAUAUUCACACCUAAGCAUCUUUUUCACUCUGAAUAAUGUAAAACGUAAUAGAACUAUUAAAAAUCAUUUAAUCUCGGUCAUAUAACAUUGCAUAAAAAGUAAUUUAUAAUUUAUGUUAAUAUCAAUUGCAAUGUGCAAAUUAAUACAUCAUAUCUCAAAAGUUAUUGUUGAAAGUGAGCAACGAUUCAUAUAUUCAUACAUCACAAACACUUGAGUAAAUAACUACUUGUGGGUCAAAUUUAAAAAUUGAUAGUUGUAAUGUCUGUUAUCUAUAUUCUUGUUUCUAUUAUAUAGUUUCUAAAACACUUGUAAUUUAGUCAAUCUUAACAUACUCAUCUUAAUGUCACAAAACCAGAGCACUAAAAGAAUCUCAACAAUUCAAUGAUAAUAGAACCUGCGAGAAUCGUGCAAUAUCAAAGAAAAUGUUUAUUAAACACAUCUCUAUAAUUAUUCCAUCAUAAUGUACCUGCGUUCGUUAAAAGGAAAAUUAGUACUUUUUAUAGGAUUUAUUAUUGGAUUUAUUGUUACACUUUAUUUAGCUUCAAUUAUUGACAAUUAUUGUGACUACAAAACUAAUAAUUGUCAUGAUAAAUCACUGCAAUUUCAUAAAAGUAAUAAAAAUAGUUAUAAUGGCAAUUUAAUAAAUGAAAAAUUGAUAAUACGUGGUGUUAAAUCAUCAUAUGAGGAUAUUAAUUUGUCUAAAGACACAGAAGAAUCAUUGGUUGAAGAUAAGCAAAAAUUAGAAUAUGAAAAAUGGUUGAAGGAUAAUAAUAUUAAAUUAUCAAAUAUGGAUCUGGAUCAUCAGUACUAUGGAUCAUUGACUGAAAAAAGUAAUUAUACAACAUCAUUAUUGGAGUCUGAAUGGCUAAAAUCAAAAAUAAAUAUAAUAUGUGUAGUGUUUGUUGAUAAAGUAAAAUUAGCUCGAGCAAUAUAUAAUACAUGGAGUACAAAUUGUAACAAAAUAUAUUUUUUUUCACAUAAAUUAUUUGACAAUCAACUGCCGAUGGUUAAAUUGUCUGUAAAUAUUACAUCAUCGUGGCAAUUAUUGUGUGAAUCAAUGCACUACGUAUGGAAUUUAACAAAUGACUCACUGCAAUGGAUAAUAUUUGUCAAGGAUGAUACAAUAGUAUUAUUAGAAAACUUAAGAUAUUAUGUUGCGCCAUUAAAUUACAAUGAAGGAUAUUAUUUAGGACAUCCAGUUAUUUUAUGGGGACAAGCUUAUAAUGUAGCACAAGCUGGUUACGUAUUGAGUAGAGGGUCUGUUAAAAAAAUAAUUAACCAUUUUAAUACUCAUGAUAAAUGUUUGUCAGGUGGUAAGUAUUGGAAACAAGAAGAUUACUAUCUUGGUAAACAUUUAUCAAAAUUUAAUAUUCACCCAUCUGAUACGAGAGAUUAUAAAUUACGUGAUAAAUUUCAUGGAUACUCAUUGCAAACUCUAUUAUGGGGCUUAAAUAAACUAGGAAAUUAUUUUACACAUGCAUUGUAUCCUACUGGACGUGAUUGUUGUUCGCCGAAAUCAAUAACAUUUAAUGUCCCUGAUGUUGAUAGAUUGUAUACUAUUAAUUAUUAUCUUUAUCAUUUAUUUGUAUAUAACGAAGAAGGUAAAUACGGAAAUAAGCCUGCACCUACGCCAGUACCUGAACAUGAGGUAUGGAAAUUAGUGUUGAGAGAUGAAUUCAAUAUAACUAAUUAUAAUAAUAUUACAAAUGAUCUUUACUUCAAAAUUUGGAAAUUCAAAUAUGUUGAUCCAACCCAAAUAGGUUAUCUGAAAGAUGAUGAUUAUAGUAACAUAACAAAUUUUUUUGAAGCGCUUUGGUCGAAGCAAGAAUCCGGUAGGAUGAAUAAUAAUUGAAUUUACAAAAAUUAAUUAACUCUUUUUAAUUAUUUGAUUUGACAGUAUUAUCUUUAUUAGACAUCGUAGAAAUAGUAUAAUUAUGACAGUAUCUAUGAUUGUAAUACUGAUUUAAUGAUAAUUAUUUUUCGUUAUUAUUCUUGAAAAUUUUGAAUUACAAACAGUACAUUAAUUUAUCCGUCCUACUACAUAUAUUUAUAAAUAAUUGUUGUAAUAUUAAAAUAGACUACUAUUUAUACGAAUUUAU